UUCAGAGGUCAACUUUCCGGAAGCACGUGAUCUCUCACACACACAGGUCUCCGCGUGUGCAUGAAAACAGCCGCUGUGAGAAGCAGAAACACGUUAUAAUUUGUUGUAUUUCACAUGUGUGUUUAUUGAACAUGGAGGACAGUAACGUCAUCAAGCUGCCGGUGACGGAGGAGCGAGGAGCGGCUAAGAAGAGGCCGCGAGCCCCGAAGUUAAACCCGGGGAAAGAAGCGAAGAGGCGGCAGAGGAACGUGCAGCGGCUGGCGGCGCUGGGAGAGGCCGACAGCUCGGUGAAGCUGCUGGAGGAGCUGCUGUUCGGGGCGGAGGACGAGCUGCUGCACCGGCUGGUGGAGGAGGACGAGGAGCAGACCGGAACGCUGUUGGCUGAAGACGGCGAUGAAGAGUCGGGUGAAUCGGAGGCGGAGAACGAGGCUCGUCAGCAGGUCCAGCCGACCAGGAAGGCCGCCUGGGUGGAUGAGGAUGACGAGCUGGAGGAAGACGUCGACAUGAAGCAUCGUUACCGUAGAGACCUGAUGAAAGGAGACGCCGAGUCCACCAUGUCCAAACAGAAACUACAGCAGAGGAUGAGGGAGCAGUUUCAGAAGUCGAUGGGAGGAACUCCGUCGUGGGCCGAGAGCAGCGCUGAGAAGAAGAAGAAGAAGAAGAAGAAAACAACAUCAGCUGAUGAUGAUGAUGAAGAUGAAGAUGAAGAAGAGGAGGGUGACGACCUGAUGAGGAGGACGGGAAACUUUGUGGCGUCUUCAGACAGUCUGCCCGGUGGCAUCCUGAGGAUGAAGAAGUGUCUCAACGCCAACAGCGCUCGUCCGUCAGAGGACCGACUGACCACCGUCCAGUUUCACCCCUCCGCUCAGGUCGUCAUGACGGCCGGCCUCGACCAAUCCAUCUCCCUCUUCCAGGUGGACGGGAAGACGAACCCGAAGAUCCAGAGCAUCCACCUGGAGAGAUUCCCCGUCCACAGAGCCCAGUUCAGCCUGGACGGAGAGACGGUGAUCGCCACCAGCCUGAAGAACAAGAUGUUCUACCUGUACGACAUGAUGGAGGGCCGAGUCACACCUGUUCACACCGUCAGAGGUCUGAAUGAAGCCAGAGUGAAGGAGUUCUCUGUGUGUCCUGACGGAGGCGCUCUGCUGCUCACUGGGACCAACGGAUACCUGCACAUGCUCACACUCAAGACUAAGGAGGUGGUUCGCAGUAUGAAGAUAAACGGUAACGUCAGCGGCGUCGCUUUCUCUCACGACGGCAGCAAAGUCUUCACCAACUCAGAGGAGGGGGAGGUGUAUGUGUGGGACAUGCGCAGCAGUCGGUGUGUUAACAGGUUUACAGAUGACGGCUGUGUGAAGGGAACGUCCAUCGCUGCGUCACCUAACGGACGGUACCUCGCCUGCGGCUCUCAGUCGGGCGUGGUCAACGUCUACUCCCAGGAGGCGUGUCUAAACUCAGCCAAUCCCAAGCCUCUGAAGGCAGUGAUGAACCUGCUGACCUCUGCCACCUCCCUGACCUUUAACCCCACCUCCGAGAUCCUCGCCAUCGCCUCCCGAGCCGAGGACGAGGCCAUGCGACUGCUCCACCUGCCCAGCCUCACCGUCUUCUCAAACUUCCCCGUCUCUAAGAGGAAGAUCAUUUAUCGAGCCAGCUGCCUCGACUUCUCCCCACACAGCGGCUUCUUCGCAUUGGCUAACAACAAAGGACACGCCCCCCUGUUCAGGUUGCUGCAUUACAAAAACUUCUGAGGAGGAACUCCAGAUGAUGAAGCAUUGAACAGGAAAUCUGAAAGUCUUUCUGGCUGAGGUCUAAAGGACCACACUGCUGUUUCUUUAAUGUUUUAGCUGCCGUUUCACUGUAAAUACUUUUGUAUUCUGGUCAUUUUUCUGCUAUUUUCUGUCAAAGUAAUAUUAUGUCAUGACUGGCUGCCUGGAAGGGACUAAAGCUUAAAACUUGAUGGAUAAUGAAAAUGAUCAACAGGAACAGAAAGUAAACGAGUUGUAGUUGUUGCAGCUGAAAGAUGGGAAAUCAUGAUGCAGUUUGGCACAGACACAAACCACAGCGACCAACAGACUGAACACGGAUGAACUGAUGGACUGAGAGUUUGUAGACGAGUGUUUGGCAGCUGGAUGGAAACAUUUAAUCUGUGAAACCAGGAGAAAAACAUCAAAUCCAGCUGAGACACCUGAGAGACCACCAUACCUGUCUGCUUUUGUUUUUUAUUGUUUGUAUGAAGUUAUUGUAUAAAGAAACCAAACAGUUAAA